GUGUGUGUGUGUACACACAGGUAGGGUGCUGAGUGUUCCUUUUGUUUCUUGACUUGCGUUCGCUUGGUCGGCGCUCGGAGAAUUAAUGCAGAGGUGUCCUGGUAGCGGAGGGUGGAGAGUCCGCAGCGUCUGCGGUAGAGGAACUGCUGAAAGCGAUCCGAGCCGAGCCGAGGCUCCGGGGGCACUGGUCACGGUGUCACACCUCUCACGCAGGGCUCGAUGAGAAACCUCCGCUGACUGGAGUCACAGCGGCCACCGGACUGCGAGUCGGUUCGACUUCUGUUUAAUGAACUUUCAAUAUCAGUAAAGAACAGAAUCUGACCUGCAAUCUCUCUUGCAUGAAUUUCCUCCUAGACAACUCUGAUUUGUUUAAAAAUACGAGGACAAGAACUUAUGUGUUGAAUAUAAACAAGGACAACACUGAGGAUGAUGAGAAGAUGGAUGCAAGGUCAAAGCUGAGUGUGGCUGCAAAGAUGUCACUGUUUAAAGAACUAGAGAAAGCCUCCCCUGCAGAAUCUCCCUCCUCCCCAUUGCGACCUCAUAGCGUUAACGCAGCCAUGGAACGCAGACUGCGCCAUUCACAUGAUCGAUGUCGGACGCAGCCGAUAACUACAGAAGAGAUGGUGGUGGCAAACAGUCUCUCCAGGGUACAGUCACCAAGGGAACCAGAUGUGCAUGGACCAGACAGCGGUGCGUCUGAGCAGAAGGCAGAGGAGAGAGGGGACGAGAAUUCAAAGCUGAGUCUGAGCCAGAAGAUGGCCCUGUUCGACAGCCUGUGCCAGCCCGUGACAAAGAAGGUGCCCCCACUGGAAGGGAGAAAUGAGCGCAGACAGAAAGGAAUUCGCUAUCGCACCCAACCUGUCACCAUGAGUGAAGUCCAAAUGCUCCAGAAACAACCAGAACAACGCCCUCAAUCGCUGCCCAGUUCACAAGUACCAGUCACUACGGUCGAAACACAGUCACACAUCAUAAAUCACCUUGCAGCCCAGAAGGAGAAUCUGAAGGCUGAGGUCAUGUCAUCUGUGCUAAUCACCAGCAGCGAGGGUGACUGGAAAGGAGCUGACGAGGAGAGUCGAUGGAUAAGCAAGGAAAUUAAGGGAAUAUUGAAAACACAAAGUGUUGAUGAACAGAGAGGUGGAAGUCUGGAGAGUCACAAUCUGCAGGAACAGCCUGGGAAAUGUGAGGAGAGUGUACUGGCAGAGAGCAGCUCUGUUCCAAGUGCUCCGUGUGAGCUGGACAGAGAACAACAGAAUGCAGACAUGGCAGGCGUAACCAAGAAGCCAGAGGGAAUGGGAGGUGAAGUGAGACCAAUUAAGACAGAUCCUACAGAGGAACAAAAUUCCAGUGAAGUACAAGUGCACAAUGAGAAAGAAGCAGUGGAUGUUGAAAAAUUAGAGCUGUCAACACAGGGCAGUUUUGCAACACCACCGUCUUCACCACCAUGGCAACAAGCGGAGAACAAACCCUCACCACCAUGGCAACAAGCGGAGAACAAACCCUCACCACCAUGGCAACAGGCAGAGAACAAACCCUCACCACCGUGGCAACAGGCAGAGAACAAACCCUCACCACCAUGGCAACAGGCAGAGAACAAACCCUCACCAUCAUGGCAACAGGCACCCGGGCAAUCCUCACCUCCAUGGCAACAGGCCAAUGACCAACCCUUGCCACCAUGGCAACAGUUGGACAACUUUUCCUCAUCGUCAUGGCAGAAGGCUGAUGUGCCACAGUAUCAAGACCAAAUAGAAGAGAACAGCCACUCGGGUCAGUUACUUGAAGAGGACAAUGGAGACGAAACUCUGCCUCCAAUUAAAGUUGGACCAUCUCUUAAAGAUAGGUUACACAAGCUGAAAGGUGGAGAGGAACAGUGGAGGAAUAAGACCAAUAAGAUCCAGAGCGCUAUCCGUGUCCCACUGACCGAACGAUACAGCCAGCUCCAACGGGCUGAAGAAUCCUGGAAGAAGAAGGAAACACUUUCAUUCAAGGUCAAAGAAGCGGCGUUUAAUCAGAGUGGCCCUGAGUGUCUGUGGAGAAGAAAGAGAGCAGCAACUGAUAUCGGGGGACAGAUAUCACUGGAGGAGCGAAAGCACCUGAUCUCUGUGAGUGAGGAGCAGUGGAAAGUGAAAGGCAAAGGUGCAUUCAACGACUCCACACAGUUCACCGUGGCUGCUCGUAUGGUGAAGAAAGGGUUGGUUUCUACCAGUUCAGGAAAUGAUGAGGCAGUUAUUCCAUUCAAGAAAGUUGCCACAGCAACCGGUACACCAACCAGACCCCUCGAAGAGAUUACAAGUUGCCCUGACGUACCCCUGGAGAGUGAUGCUGCACUGGAUAACCUGGAGACUUUCCUCAAUAAGCUCCACUCCAAGAAUACUAGUAAUCAGGAGAUGACAAUCACAGUGACGGAACAAUCGGUGAAGGAGGUACUAAAGCCAGAUGAUGAUGAUACCUUCAGUAAAUUCUAUAAGCGGACACCAACCCUUCUGACAUCCACUGUGGUGGAAAUCAAGGAGAGUUUUGAUGUCAUUUUUGAACCCAACACACCAAAACUGAUUUCUGAGGUGGCAGAACACAAGCGAGCUGUGAGACCUCUUCGUAAAACGCAGUCCUCUCGCAAUCCCCUGAGAGCACUGGCUGCCCGAGACGACAUUCGCUUGGAGUACACAGAGCAGCGUCUGAAUGUGGCCACAGUGGAGGCCAAGAGGAUCCGAGCUGAGAAGAUGGCCAAACACUCGAACUAUGCGGAUGUGGCAUUGGCGGGUCUAACAAGCAAGGAGAACUUCAAAAAUGUGAACCUUCGGAACGUGAAGACGCUAGAACAACCUUCCAGUAACAGCACACUUCCCUUCAACAAACUGAUGCUGCUGCAAGUUAAGGGUCGCAGGCAUGUCCAGGUUCGGUUGGUGGAGCCUAGAUCCAGCUCACUCAACAGUGGGGACUGUUUCCUCUUGAUAACUGCACAGCACUGUUGCCUUUGGAUAGGAGAAUUCGCUAAUGUGAUCGAGCGCUCCAAGGCAUCAGAACUGGCUAAUUUUAUCCAGACUAAACGAGAGCUGGGGUGCCGGGCAGCGACCGUCACCAUUAUCGAAGAGGGCAUUAACAGUCAAGGCAAAAGGAGCAAGGAAUUCUGGGAUCUUCUUGGUGGCCAGACAGAAUAUCAAGGUGCAGGCGACCCUGAGGAAGAUGAGGUAUAUGAAGCCGCAAUCACCGAAACAAACCAUAUAUAUCGCCUGGUUGAGGACAAGCUUGUCCCAGACACUGAAUCAUGGGGAAAGAUCCCUCGCUGCUCCAUGCUGAAUUCAAAAGAGGUGCUGGUUCUUGAUUUUGGCAGCGAGUUGUACAUUUGGCAUGGCAAAGAGGUGACACUGGCACAGCGGAAGACAGCACUUCACUUGGGCAAGCAGCUGUUGAAUGGUUCUUAUGACUACAGCAACUAUGCCGUAAACCCCCUGGACCCUGGAGCUACGAAGAACAUCGCCCAGCAGCCCCGGCGUCCUGAGUGGGUAAUCUUUGGUCGCCUAUCAGAGCACAAUGAAACAAUUCUGUUCAAGGAAAAGUUUCUGGACUGGGCAGAUUUGAGAAAGCAGACCCAGAAGGAAAUGGAGCCCACGGCUGAGUUAAAGUUGGAGAACCAGAAUGAGCUGAAGCCAUACGAUGCCAAGCUGCUGAUUCCACUCCCACAAGUGCCAUGCAGAACAGUCCUGGAUGGGGUGAACGUGCAGCGUGGGUACGGACUGCUGCGUAUGGAUGAUGAGAGGAUGUCAGAGCUGAAGACCGUUGAUGUGGCGGUCUGGCACGUUCAAGAGUUUGAACACAGCGAGCUGCCCAGAGAGAGUUACGGCCAGUUCCACGAGGGGGACACUUACGUCAUUCAGUGGAAGUACACAGUCAGCAGUCUGGUGGCAAAGCGACAAACACCAGAUCAACUGAGCUGUACCGGUUCCGGGAAGGAGCGAUCUGCCUAUUUCUUCUGGCAGGGUGGCCAGUCAAGCAUCAGUGGCAAAGGAGCUUCUGCGCUGAUGACUGUGGAGCUGGGAAAGGACAGAGAAGCACAGGUGCUGGUGUCACAGGGAAAGGAGCCCCCCUGCUUUCUUCAGCUGUUCCAAGGGGGAAUGAUCGUCCACAGUGGCAGAAGGGAUAAAAUAAGAAUACCUCAAGGAAUCUGGCGACUGUACAUAGUGCAGGGCGAGGUACCGGUGGAGGGGCGCCUCCUGGAGGUGGAGUGUGACUGCAGCAGUCUACGCUCAAGGGGUUCACUUGUCCUGGUGAACACCCAGCAGGCUUUGAUAUAUCUGUGGCACGGCUGCAAAGCUCAGUCCAAUGUAAGAGAGGUUGGCAGGAAUGCAGCCAAUCAUAUUAAGGACCGACCACCUCAGGAGCUGGGCCUGUGGAGCAGGAUGGAAGUGACAGUGUGUGAGUUGGAUGAAGGUUCAGAACUGCCAGAAUUCUGGCAUGCACUGGGGCAACCAGAUCGAAAAGCAUAUGACUGCAUGUUACAAGAUCCAGGGAAGUAUAACUUCACUGUACGACUCUUCAGGCUGACUGCUUCCUCAGGGGAGUUUACUGUGACAGAGCAGCUAAGUCCUUCACGCAUCCCUAAUGGUGUGAUGGCCAUGCCAUUCUUGCAGGAGGACCUCUACUCUAUUCCUCAGCCAGCUCUGUUCCUCCUGGACAACCGGUUCGAAGUUUACUUGUGGCAGGGUUGGUGGCCACCCGAAAGCAAAAGCACAGGCUCGGCAAAGAUUCGAUGGGACAUGGAGCGAAAGUGCGCCAUGGAGACGGCCCUCCACUAUUGCACAGAAAAGAACCCAAGACGGCCUCCCAAGGCGUACAUGGUUCACGCUGGCGCUGAGCCAUUGACCUUCACCAAUAUCUUCCCCCGGUGGGAAUACGACAUGGAGAAUUUACAACAGGUGGGGCAGGACGUCAUGAACAAAGUGCUCUUGGUUCAGGAUGCUUUAUUGAGACUGUGUAAGACACAGUACUCCUUGGAGGAGAUUAUGUCCAGACCCCUCCCAGAAGGAGUUGACCCUCAGAAACUGGAAACCUACCUAUCAAAUGAAGAUUUUCAGAAACUCUUGCAAAUGUCGAGGGAGGAAUUUUACAAGCUUCCCAGUUGGAAGCAAGUGAAUUGGAAAAAAGCCAAAGGCCUUUUCUAACCAGACGGCAGUACCCUUGACUUGGCUUGUCCAGGAAUGCCAACAGUUCCACCCCGGCUCACCACAUCACACCUUCACUUCCUGGCUGGGGAUGUAGUACAAGCAGAUAUGAGGCUCAUGCAUAAAUUGUUUCAUGUCCGUCUUCCACGCACUUAAACUCUGUAUGAGUGCACAAGGCAAGAUCCUUGUGGAUUAGUUGUGACUGUUGGUUUUGUCGACUCUUUUAAAGCACCUCCUUUCGCAACCAAUGUCAGCACGUGGAUCCUGUGCCGGGACUGGGGUGUCAGUUCCCCUGGAUGCCAAGGAGUUAAAAUUAAUUUCCAGGAUAUGGUGAUAACCCGAGAGACAGAACUACAGGGACUUUAUAAGCAAUUACAUGGGAUUUUUCCUAUUUGAUUUGAGGACGCUUAUGAAGUAGUGUUUGGGGGAACGGAGGGACGGGGUGGGUGAAUGGGCAGGGAAUACUGUGAAGCAUCCAGAAAUACAUCCAACCCAUGUUAGCCCCUCUUUGGGGUCCAUGGGCUUUAAUGCUUUUUGAUUUUUUUUGCCACUAAGAUUUAAUUCUUGCAGGACCCAAUUCAUUGCCAAAUGUGUCGCCCACAGCCCCUGUCGCCUCACCCCCCACCACCAUCCACUUCCUCCUGCCGGGCUCAGCACACUUCCCUCAGCUCCGUUGUUUCGCAUCUGGUUUGGUUUAUAACUUUCACAUCAUGGGUGAAUGACGUGCUGAAAUCCAAGCCGAUGAAUGCUAUUUCUGUCAAGAGGAAGGACAGUGGUGAUUUCCAGACUACUGAAAAGCAUUGAAAGAUCAGAGGUAGGCAGGUGAAUUACUGUGAGCAAUGAAUGCGGUGUUGGAGGAUGCAACUACAAAAUACAAGAACUAAGAAUGAGAAAACUGCUUGGGAAACAGACCUGCAAAACCAUAUUGGCCCAGGCCAAUAUGAACAUGCCUACUUCAUUCAUAGGGAGAUUGAGAAAGGAUUGUGGAAAUUAAGGGGACUUCACAGUUGAGGCGAUGGUGCAUGUAUUGCCUAGGGAUGGUUGCACAGUUUUAAUAAUUUACAUGUAUUCUUUACUAUAUGUUUUACCAUACCCACUUGAAUCUCUUCUGCAGCUAAUGCACUUGUACAGAGAUUUCAUAUAGAACUGAGAUUCUCUGCUUCAUAUCUGCAAUGCAUUGUGAUGUAAAGUUAAUGCCAGUGUUUUAAACUUCAUUUUUUUUAAGUGUUAGUAAUCUGUAUCGCAAAUGCAGUAGUUUGAAAGGAAUCUGUCCAGCCUACUGUUUUUGUUUGAAAUGUCGACUGGUUGUGAUGGCUCAGAGCAGUGCCUGAUUGUGACCUCCACUCAUCUGGUGCGCUAAUGAACCCUUCGAGGACUGAUCACCCCUUACAGUGGGGCCAACCUGCAAGGGUAUUCAGUGAUACCAUUCUGUUUACCACUUGGGACUAGAGCCUUGUUAUUGUUCCCCUCUGCCAUUUUAAAAGAGGUGAUAAUCUAUUUCAAUAACUAGGCUAACAUCACCAUGAGUAUAGUGUAAACAGGAAUUGGCUAUACCACGUGUUAUUUGCUCACUGUUGGUUCCAGGUUUCAUCUUCUAAUCUUCACUGAUGGCAAAACAUUAUCAGAUAUUUUGUGAUUUGUUAUUCUGGUCCUCAAGAGGUUUCCAGUAAUAGGACGUAAUAUUUAAUGAAAAGGAUCUUCCUGGUCCCCACACAAGCCAUACAUAUUGUAAAGUACACCAGAUCACACUGUAUAAUUAAUGUAACUGCACCUUGCAAUGACUCACUCUUACACUUGCUUCCAAUGGACUUAUUUUGAUUUCAGAGGAAGCUCCAUUUUGAACAUGAUUUUUCCUGCGUUCUCCUUCCUGCUCUCUGUUACCACAGGUUAUUCCUAGAAUUCUCUACCCUCCCUCUAUCCUUCUUCCUCCCCUCCUUUACCCAGGGCUAUCACUGGAGUGGAGAACUCCUUCUGUUACCACAAACUAUUAUGGAGUUCCUCACUUCCUCUUUUCAGCCCUUUCUCCACAGUCUCUUGCUGAAGCUCAUUCCCAUGGCAUUAACUGUUGUCUCAGUUACUCAUAUCUGGAAGUCUUCAUCAUGACUUCUGACAAAAUUAUUGACCUUAAAUUGACUACUUUCCUGAUGUAAGACAAAUCUGUCCAUCUUUUCUAUGCAGCAGAGCAAGCACUGCCUCAAUUCAUGAGUCAUCUCAGAGUAUCAUAAGUUGGUGGCAUUAACUUGCCUUGAAACAGUUCUAAAAGCAACAUCUAAUGUAUAUUAUACUUAUGCAGCUUUUAAAAUUUAGACUUUUUAUAAAGUUUGUAUACUUCCAGAGAUUUCUAAAAGUAUUUUAAUUCUCUAAGUCUAGGAGCAUUCAGUUUUCCUGACUCCGUGCACGUUUGAUGCACAGAGAACGAGGUAAAAGGAGCUAAACCUGAGACUCUGGGAUUCCUUCAUUGUAUCCUUGUUUAUCACAAAGUAAUAUUUUGAAAAUGCUUCUUUUUUUUGGAAAUGUUGGACUUUGCAAUUGUCAUAUUUAGUAUAUUGCAUCUUUUGUAUGUACAGUUUUAAAUCUGCUUUUCAGAGUCUCUGGAGAGCUUUACUGUUGAGGCUGUGUCAAACAGUGCAAUGAGAAUUUGCAAUGGAUUAAAGAUGA